AUCCGUCUUUUAAAGAUGCUAUGUGAAAAAAACCCUUCGAAAAAUGUAUGUUAUUCUCCCAUGAACAUCUCCUCUACUUUAGCUAUGCUCCUCUUGGGGGCGAAGGGAAACACCGAGAUCCAGAUAUUGCAGGUGAUUGAUGUAUGUGCAGAGUCGGGAGUUCAUCGAAAACUCCAGUGGCUUCUCAGUAUCCUGAACAAGCCCACCGGAAAAUACUACCUUAGAAUGGCCAGCAGGCUCUUUGCCGAGAACACUUGUGAAUUCCUCCCAACCUUUAAGGAGUCCUGUCUUCAGUUCUAUAAAUCGGAGAUGGAGCAGCUCUCCUUUGCCAAAGAUGCAGAGGAAUCCAGGAAACACAUAAACACGUGGGUCUCCAAGCAGACCAAAGGCAAAAUUCCGGAGCUAUUAUCAGAUGACUCAGUUGAUUCACAGACCCGGCUGGUUCUUGUCAAUGCCACAUAUUUCAAAGGAAGGUGGCAUCGCAAGUUUGACAUAAAAUCCACCAGGGAAAUGCUCUUUAAAAUAAAUGAGAAGGAGAAAAGGCCUGUGCAGAUGAUGUGUCAGGAGCACACGUUUAAGCUCGCCUACGUGAGUGAGGUGCAGGCACAAGUGUUGCUGUUACCCUAUAAGGGCAAGGACCUGAACAUGUUGGUCCUGCUCCCGGAUGACGGUGUGGACCUCAGCCAGGUGGAAAACAAUCUCACUUUUAUGAAGUUAAAGGCCUGGACCAGACCAGACUUUAUGAAGAGCACUAAAGUUUCAGUUUUCCUUCCAAAAUUUAAACUGCAAGAGGAUUAUGACGUGGAGUCCGUGUUUCAGCAUUUGGGAAUAAUGAAUGUUUUCCAAGAGGGCAAGGUUGACUUAUCAGGAAUGUCUCCAGUGAAAGACCUGUGUGUGUCCAAGAUUGUUCACCAGAGUGUGGUGGAGGUCAAUGAAGAAGGAACAGAGGCUGCAGCAACCUUGAACACAGUAAAUGAAAAAUUGUGCAACACGGCUGUUUUCUGCGCUGACCGCCCCUUCCUUUUCUUUAUCAGGCACAACAAAACCAACACCAUCCUCUUCUGUGGCAGGUUCUCAUCUCCAUAAAGGCACAUUUACUAUGUGUGUGGGGUGAGGACAGUUCUCCCUUCCGCAUCUUUUUAACUCCUACAGCUCUCUGAGGAUGGGCAAACAGGGGGAAGCCAUGUUCCUCCCUUCAGCCUGAUCUUAUGAUGCCCGCAUUCAGCUCUCCCUAUCCCGACCUUCAUCUGUGUCCUUUGCCAGGUCACAGGACCACAGAGUGGUAUGGUUUCCUGUUGCGUUUAGGAGGGAAACAAAUCCCACAAGACAACCUACAAUGUACUGUAAGGUAACCCUACAUAAACCCCUCCCUCGCUGCACAGAAAAGCCAUGGGAGCUAUAUACACUGUCCUUUCCUGGCAGCUCAGCUCUU